AUGGAUAAGGCAGCAGAGAAAUUCUGCAAGUCCUGUCACGGAUGUCAACUGGUAUCUCGCCCAGACCCACCUGAGCCAUUGAGAUCCACGACAUUACCAGAAGGUCCUUGGCAAGACCUAGCUAUAGACCUCCUAGGACCACUUCCUUCGGGACACUCAAUCAUUGUUGUUGUGGACUACUACAGUCGUUAUUAUGAGUACGCCAUCAUGAUGUCAACCGUCACAGAGAAAGUAAUUGACAACCUGGAAGAGAUUUUCAGCCGCCAUGGCCUUCCUCUGACCAUAAAGUCAGACAAUGGUCCACAAUUCCGCUCCGAAGAAUUCCGGGAAUAUUGUAAGCAGAAUGGAAUUGUUCACACCAAGACCACACCAAAAUGGCCUCAAGCCAACGGGGAGGUAGAGAGACAAAAUGCAUCGCUGAUGAAGAGGAUCCGCAUUGCCCAAGCCGAAGGAUUAGACUGGGUGAAGGAGCUAAGAAAAUAUGUGACUAAAUACCGAGGUAUUGAUCACGCGACAACCGGUAAGAGCCCUGCGGAAUUAUUGUUUAACAGAAAGAUGAGAGGAAAGCUACCAGAGCUACAUGCCGACCAUCACUUGGACCUGGAAACUCGAGAUAGAGAUGCCGAAGUGAAAGCAAAGACCAAAGUAAUAGCUGAUAAAUCCAUGAAUGCAAAACCAUCAGAAGUUCAAGUUGGUGAUCAAGUCCUGGUGAGGCAAGAGAAAAGAGACAAGUUUUCCACGCCAUUUAAUCCAGUACCAUUCCAAGUGGUUAGCAAGACCGGUAACAGUGUUGUUGUGGAAACUCCAGGUGGAACGCAGUAUUCAAGGAAUACAUCCCAUGUCAAGAAGUUUGUGAGCCCUGACAAUCCGGAAGAACCACCUGUCAGUGUCGAUGUACCGACAACACCUGAAAUUACCGUGGUACCAAAUCAAGUGAUGAGUGGAUCUACACCAGUAGUGCCUACAACACCUCCCAGUAGACCCCUAACUCAUCUCACACCUUUAGCACAAGCAAGUGCAGGAAGCAAAUCUGGUACAACCUCUGCUAGUAAGAAUGCAGCAGUUGAUCAAGCAACAGUACCUAGCCCACCAGCAACACUAAAAGGUGGAAGACCUCAGAGACAGAGGAGACUCCCUGGGAGAUAUAAAGACUUUGUUUUAAAAUGUUGA